UUGCAUUGUCCUCAAAUCCCAAAUGAUCUUGAGGGCGGAGGUCAAGUGCGGUACUCUCUUCAGACCCAUAACGAUGCAACCGGAGCCACUGUGGCUAUCGCAGAGGCCGCCUGCCCACCCAACACCUUCUUCUUCCCCUCCGCCAAAGCCGCUGAAAUUGAAGCAACCAAUGAAAUUAUUCCUUCACCUACUCCAGAAAACUUGGGUACUCUUCAAAAUCAGCUUUUACUCACUUGUGAUCAUCAUUCUAACACGUGGGUACCCUCUCUACCAGCGGGCGGCUGUAUGACUCGGGCUCGAAUCAGCGCAUUGCUGCAAGAAUUGGUGAAUUCAAAAAUGCCGAAAACAACAACAACACUGACAGCGGAUGUAGCCACGGCUUCACCGGAGGUGACCUUGAUGAAUGCAACUGAGGUUGAGGAAUCAACGACGCCUGCUGCUGAGGCUGAAUUGGAAUCUUCAAAUAUUACCACGCCGGAGAUACCUAUAUUUGUUGGACCGGAAACUCCAGCUGCAAUUUUAAGUGAAAACGUUAGCGAUUUUCUAGAAGGUACACACCUCUCCCAUGGAUCUUCAGCAAACAUUGGAAUAUUCAUUUUAAAUUGUAACCUUUGCAAAUAUCCUGCACACAUUUUAAACCUGCGUUGCAGGCUCUCCAGACUAGUCCGAUCAAAACUGGCACCCAGCAACACUCUUCCCGGCAGAUUCCCAGGAUCAGGAAUGUUUAUGAACACUCUCUCGGGGUCUCUCACAUUCUCCCGUCACCGAAAGAAUCCAUACUUCUCGCCCUCCCAUCAUCCCACGGUCCUUAUGUCUCAAUCGGCCGUUUCCAUUCCAAAUCACCAUCUCGUACCACAGCAAACUCAGCCCUGGUUUGACAACGCUUCCCUCAGACCCACUUCUAAUGCUGUCUCCCUUGGCAAUCUCCACAUUCCUAAGUCUCAACCCCUUCCUCGUCCAUCUCCAACGCCCAUUCCUCCUCCUGAUCUUGACCUAUUGAACUCGGAUACUUACACAAUGCAACAGAGUUACCAAUUUUCCAACCAUCAACAGCAAAGUAGACCGCAAUCCUCGGUGCAUACGCAAAACUCAGCGUCUAUGAGUACUAGGAGGCAGACCCUCCUGUCUGCUGAUACCAUGACAACUAAUGUGUCGGCAGGUGGACAGCCUUCACCAAGCAUUGCUCUGGGCUAUCAUGGGGUAUCGACGGAUGUUCUCGGUGAAGCUUUUACUGAAUCUCCGGAUGCUAACCAGGUUCAUUGUACUGUGUUUCAGGUAUUCUCUGCCACCUUACCAUGGAAAUCUAAGCCCCAAGGAGGAAUAACAGGUGGACUCAAGCGUCUUUCAACGUUCAUUCGUUCUGCCAUGACCGGAUCUUCCGCCUCCUUCCACAGUCACCAUAGCAGCCAGAGUGGUGGCAGUCACCCAGGUCAACAGAUAGGGCCAGCGAUGCAAGCAUCAGGGCUUUUCACCAGGAGACAACAGUAUGCCGGAAGUGGAUGGCCAUCGAGUUCCCUUGCAUCAUCCGCUACACCUGGGACCAAUUCCAUGGGGCUCUUAAGUUCUGGACAGUCAAGAUCUAGCUAUACUUCUGAAGCAACACUUCAACCGAUCUCGCCAUUGAGUUCCCUGGGUCGAAGCAGCCUCGGUCACAUAGCAUCCGAUCGAAAACCCCAACUCUGCCUCAUGGAUCCCUUCUUGUGCCGACUGAACCACCAACACACGAGAGGGGAUCAGCAACAAGGCCCCGUGCUGACAAAUGGAAAUUUAGGAGGUGGAAGUAUGAUGAAAAGGGGAAAUAGGGAGUCAACUCCCUUACCACCCCUACCUCCUCAGCAUCCACAUCAUAGCAAUAGUAAUAGCAGUGGGCCAACCAGUCAUUUACUCCAGAACCAUGGAACAACGGUACUUGAAAACAAGGGAAAAACAGGGACACUGAAUAUGGACACAUAUUUGGAACCAAUCGAUGGGGCGGACACAAUGGGUCAGCAGGGUACAAACGCAGGAGUGGAAGAUUUCUCUGUUACUGAAAUCAUUUCUGGAGGAACCCUCUCCGAAGAUUCUGACACUGGCAAUCAAGCUAGUUGGCAGUCUGACUCCCCAGAUGGUGCUAAUGGCGAAACUAACGAAAAUGCCGUUGGACUUCAAGAUACUCCUCGAGGUAUUCUCCCAUCUUCGAAGAACGGAGUCACAACUGAUUAUGCAGGUGGUAUUGGCGAUGGUGUCAGUGCCACAGCUCCGAUCGCAAUGAGUGAUCCCACCGUAUCGAUAGGCGAAGGAUCAUUUGAUGAAGAUAGCCCAGCUGCUGACUACUUCACUUAUGAUGAAAAUCGUCGGUCAAAUGUGAAAAAGAAGAAUGAUAAAGUUAUUCGUAGACCCAGACUCAGUCCUCCAUCUACCAAAAGUCGCCCUCUGUCGGAUGCCAUGCUAAGCAAUCACUACUACGACAAAAGUGAGCUGCUUAGUCCCGACAUGAUUCCUGGACUUGAUGGAGCUCCUGAAGCUCUUUUUGAUCCCCAAUUUCAUGACCCCGGUUCGAGACCGACCUCCGUGGGGGUCUACUCAAACGAUGACGAAGAGGUGGAUGAAGAUGAGGAAUCAUCCCUUUAUGAAGCAGUUGAUAGAAGGGCACGCAAGGUGGGAACUCUGCCACCUGCCCCACAUCCACCUUCUUCUCCUCAAAUCCCAACUUCUCCACAGCAGCAUGCUAAUGCCAUUCAAAUGCGGAUUUUCGUUGCUCCAAGUGAAUCAGAUCUCGAAUGUCUCAAUCAGUGUUUAGCUCAAAGACUGCUGGCUGGUCAAGGCGAAUGUUUCGUAGAAAUAGGCGUUGGAGAGGGGCAAGACCCCGGUAUCUCACCCAGCGACAUGGCUGCAAGUGAAGCCACUCUCCAAUCACUCGCAGAGAAACUAAAUGCUCACGUGAUCCACCUGCGCUGUCGUAAUGUCUCCUCUCAUCCUGGAUCAUCGAAUACCACGUCGAAUAGCACUUCAAACCCUGUACCAACAAAGUCAACUACACCUAUAGCUAACAGUGACACUACUGCCACACAGUUCAAGAAAAAAAAAAGUGGCCACAAUUCUUUUGGCACGGUCACUUCUACUUCAAACGAAUCUAACUCGUCCUCCACUGAAAAGACUUCUUCUCAAUCCACUACAGCAACAAGUGGAGGUGAGUGGAUAGUGAAGGAUUUUCUAUUGCGUCAGGUCAUUAGCGAACAGGACUUCAUCGACAUUCGAGUGGCAGUGGUGGGUAAUGUGGAUGCGGGAAAGUCAACAAUGCUUGGUGUUCUUACGCACGGGGAGUUGGAUAAUGGGAGAGGUAAAGUGAGACAGUAUCUAUUCCGCCACAAGCAUGAAAUCGAGUCAGGUCGAACGAGUUCUGUAGGAAAUGAUAUCUUGGGAUUUGAUGCUGAUGGAGUUGUUGUGAAUAGGCCUGUUCAUGGGAAACUUGAUUGGGCUCAAGUCUGUCAGGAAGCUACCAAGGUGAGUUGA